UGCCGACUGCAAUAUCAAUAGGCUAAAAUACCGAUUUCAUUCUGAUUAGAAAGGACGCUUUGAUAUGAAGGAAGCAUAGAUAUUUUUUAAAAACGAAGACUUUUUCUGAAAACGAAGACAAAGUAUGGUGUUUCAGAGGGACAUCGAAGUUCUAUGUAAAUAAUAGAGUGAAAUUUUUUUGUGAUUACGAUAUCUUCUCAAUAGGGAAUUAUUUUGUAUUGAAUACAUCAGUAACAGAAUACCAUGCGACGGUCAGUGAAAUAUCAAUUCAAUUAUCAUAAUGCAUGUUAACGAAGAAAAGAGGAAACGUAUGUUCUAUUACUAUGUAAUGUCGUGACAAUUUGGAACGAAAAUGAAAUGUAAUUAAAAACAUUUAACAUUGUCUGUAUACAUGUACGUGAACAAAGGAUAGUGACUAAUUGCAUGAACUGUGUAUAGUGAAAAUGCAUUUGAGUGAUUAAAUGAUACAUGUUUUCAAAUGUCUGCAACUUGCCAAUCGAUAAAGGACUUUAUGUGCUUAAACGAUUUCUCUCCUGCUUAUGCAACUAGAGUUUCACGUUUGAUGUUCCUGAGAGCAACAAUGUCUUUAACUUUAAAGUAAUGAAGUAUACUUAAAUGAGCACCGAUCUUUAAUGGAUAAAUUAGCGCUGUGCUUCACGUUUCUUGAAUGUAAUUAAACAUGGUGGUCAAUACGUGUAUAAGUGAACCUCUAUGCUAUUGAGGUUUCGAAAUAAACUGCGCACAAUAGAUACGAUUGAGUACAUAAACGGUUUCACAUCAUCUGCAGUGCAUUGAACAAAUAUUGGAUAAUGUAUACGAAUGAAUGCAUCAUCUUUAAAUGAGUACAUCUUAACAAGAUCAAAGUUUAAUCUGUGCAUUUAAAUGUAUUGCACGGAGGAAUGCGAAUGAUGUGCCAACUUUAAAAGCCAUGAAAAUCUUUCAAAUCAACAAUACUGUUCUGAAACACAUAUCUUUGAGUUCUGCGAUUUUUGCACAUGUUGGAAAACGAAUUGGCAUUUAUUCCUUAGUGCCACUUCUACAGUACACUGAUGGGAAACCUUAUGCAUAUUGGUCUUGAAAUAACAUUAUUCAUUGGACAUAUACCAACACACAAGCCUGAGACACGCAAUUUUGAAUAAUCAUGGAAGAAAAAAAUAAUUUUCACAGACUUGUUGAGUUACAUUUCGAUUGCUGUAUCCUAGCACUGCGGGAAUUUUUACAGUGGGAAUUAUCGAAUAAUGGGUUCACAAUACAAUCUUUCUUAAAACAGAAAGACAUGCUUAUCUGGGUAAAAACCGCGAAGUUGUUCAAAGAACAAGAAGCAGUGCUUUCAAAUCCAAAUGUUACGUAUGACAUGCUGGAUAUAACGCUUGCAACUCGACUGAUUCUUGAAAAGUGUCGACCCCAAGACGCCAGUAUUCUCAAAGCUGUAAAGGACCUUCGAAAAUCACGCAACAAUAUAGUACAUACCACAGAUGCAAAGAUACAGGGAACAGCGCAGUUCAAUGAAGCAUGUAACGCGAUAUUUACGAUUGCUGCUGUCUUGAGCGCUAAAGUGAAGCAAACUAUUAAGUGUAAAAUCAGCGCAAUACAGAACAAAGAGAUUGUCAAGACAUGCACCAAUAUGGAGAAAAUAAUGUUAAAUGGAGAAUUUUUUAUGAUAAAAUUGGUUGAAUCAAGUGAGGAUGAUUCAGAGAGCCAAGACGAGAGAAUAACACUUAUGAAGUUCAACAUGACAAAAUGGAUUCGCCAACUGUCUAGAAUGCCAAAUGUUAAUACAUUUUUGAAAAGAUUAAAAGACGCCAAUGUUAUAACCGAGGCACAUAUGUGUGACAUAGAACUCGAAUAUAGCUACGGUAGCCAAAUGGAGAAGCUGAUAUUGAUCAUACAGCAAAGCGCAGAGCGGACUACACUAUAUCGAUUUUGUAAGGCACUUCGGAACACGCAUGCGCAGUUGGCAGACCUGAUUGAAAACAAAAAUACCGAUGGGAGAGAAACGGAUGAAUACUUGCGGCAGAUCGAGCAAGAGUUCGUUUUAAAUUUUCUUCGUCAUAAAUUGAUAGAAUGUCCCAACUGUCACAUUUCUUGUGAGGAAAUUCAUAUUGCUUUAGAAGACGAACUCCGUGGAUAUUUGGAAUUUGCAGUCCUUAAAACAUAUUUCCUACAGAUAUUUUCGAAAAGUACGUUCGUUGAAGGAGACACAAGCUUUAGGGACGUAACAUGGAAGUCAUCGCCUUUUUCCAAACAACAGUCUCACAAAGAAGGAAACGAAAAGGCCAACUUUGUAACAAUGACAUUGGACGAGUUUGCCUCAUUCGUCGGGAACAUAAUGGGAGCUAUAAAACCAGAACUACGCGAUAUUUUCCAAACAGCAAUAUGCGAUGAAGCCAUAACUGCAAACACCUUUGAAGAAAUGGAAUCAUCCGAACUGAAAGAAGUUUUCACUGAAUAUUUAGGAAGCAUCAAAUAUGGAAAAGGAAUUGACCAUUCACUUAAAAAACUUCAAAAGGAUAUCAAAGAAAACAAACUGCGAGCAGGAAUUACAACAAAUACUAGACGACAACAGUUACGCGAGUUUGAUCGGCCUAGCAAUAAAUUAGUAUAUUCCAAAGGUGCAAUUGUAAAACCACAAACAGGUAAUUUGUUGGUUCCGGUUCAUGAAUUUCGUUCAUUCAAUUUACCUAGCAAACACUGGAUUGCAAAAGAAACUUUGCGUUUUCUCGCGGCCUGUAUGAAUGCACGCAAGAACGGAACUUUACACUUUGGCAUUAGGCCAGGUGGUGAUAGAUGUGGGACUAUUGUAGGCAUAGAUAUAAUGAACACGAAAGAGAUUGACGAGGAAAUAUCGAAAUGUAUGAAAAUGUGUUUUUAUGGCGAGCAUUUGCCUUUCCUUAUGUCAUGUAUUCGCCAAAUCCAGGUUAUAACCAUUGAAGACAGUGAAAAUGUUGUUUAUGAAAUAGAUGUCGUACCGUCAUCACUAUAUGCCUUCGAAGAGAUGAUUCCGUUAAGGUUUCCACCAAAAGGACCACAAAAUGAAGUAACAUUCGUUUAUGAUCAGAAUAUUUUGUGUGAAAUUGUAUCAAUUGGUAGGGAUACGUGUAUGUUUUCUGACGUAGAGAAUGUAUACAAAAUGCGAUUACAAGAACGAAUUAUUACUGAAACCAAGGUAAAUGGAUGCCUCAUCGAAACAUCGGAAUUAAGAACAACACUCAUGUCGAACCUCACAGGAAAAGGAAGCAAAUAUGUUACAGAUGAAUACAUUCCCAUUAUUGUAAGCGGAAACAUGAGCGAUCAGGUUGAAAUUCGGAAUGACAUCGGUAUGGCAUCAGCAUUUUCUUCCGCAAAAUUCGUUCUUGACUUUGAUGCCUCUCCUGAUCUAAGGAAAGAUGUCGAAACUGACAGAUCUGUCUUUACUGUAAAGACGGCAGAGAAUUGUUUAGAUAAGGCUCAAACCGAAAACACCAGUAAUCCAGUUUGGGUGUAUUGUAAUGGUAAUACAGAGAUUUCACAACCUAGGAUGAAGUUAAAAUCCUGGAAUAAAUCACGACUUGCUGGCGUGAAAAGUUGUUUGGACACAAUACGUAUGUUGAUUCCCAAAGGAAGAGCACGAAUAAUUUUUCUUUUGUAUGGCGAGUUGACAGACCAAGAACCUAUGUUUUAUAUAGCAAGAGAAAUGUUGGCAUCCUCUUUCCAGGACGAAUGCAUUAUAUUGACCCAAAAUGCUGAUAACUGCAAAGAACUCAGAAAUGACGUUGCUAAACAAGUUGGGGACAACGAAAUUGACAGAUGUAUUCUUGUUGGCCACGAUUGGAAAUUCUUGUCUGAUGUCAUGCGGUCGGUAUUUCGUCCGACUUCAAAUGUUGUUUGCAAAUUGCCAAGUAGCUUAACCUCAGUUGUUGUAGAAAUGACAAGCAAAGAACGAACUGACUUAAAACUCACCGAUAUUGACAUUGUGAGCGGCGAAGAGUGUGAAAUUGAAGCUGAGAGGAUGAGUGACAAAGAACUGCAAGAAAAUGAAAAGGACCAUCAGAAAAAGUUUUAUAAAGGAAGUGGUACAUCUUGGUGGAAUUUUUAUUACGAUAAUCAUGUAGGAGAACGGAACUGCUAUAAGAGACAUUUAGACGAUAUUAACAAAGCUCUUAGGUCAAAUAAAGGUGAGCAGCUUCUUGAAACACACGAAAUUAAACAUCACCCAGGUGCAGGAGGAAGUACACUAGGAAUGCACCUUAUCUGGCACUUAAGUCAAUUUAAAAGAUCCCCGCAAAAUGCUUUUAGAUGUUGUGUUGUGAAACAUAUCUCCGACAAAACAAUAGAACAGAUAGAACGUUUUCGAAACUUUAAGGAUGUCGAAGACACAAAACCUAUUUUACUUCUUGUUGACAACAAAAGUGAAGAUGGAGUUAUCUUUCUAAAAUCCAAAUUAUAUGAGCUGGCGUAUAAAACAGGAACACCCGGAAAGUUGUUUGGCCUAAUAAUAUUGAUAAGUCGAUGUCAGAUUUCAAAGGGAAAAGGUCAACUUUCUGAUGAUUAUAUUUUAACUCAUUCUUUGAAAGGAAAGGAAAUGUUAUGGUUUGACAAGAAAUACAAGGAAUUGGAAGACAAAACUGGCAUCGACGUUAAAACUCUUAUUGCAUUCAAUGUAAUGAGAAAUUCGUUUGAUGAAAAAUACAUUAUGGAACUUACCGCUAACAUCCUGAAAGAUGUGACAGACCUUGAAAAGGAAGUUUUAACAAACUUAGCAUUAGUUUCAUCAUACGAGAAUGAUCACCCAAUACCUCAAAGUGUUUUUGAUAAGAUGAUGAAUGAACAACAAGACAUAGAUAAUUUAAUCAAAUUGCCGUUUGGUAUUUCACAUACACGUAGAGAAUUAGAAAGCUUAUCUUUGCAUAUAACAGUAUGGAACAUGAAAGUGUCUCCUGCAAUGGAUCUGCUUAUAACCAAGCGGGAAACUGAUCAAAAUAUCGGAGGCAUUUCAAUUAUUUCACAACCCCUGGCAAGAGCAAUUAUUUCGUCAAUCAUGUUACAACAGAACAAACCAUUGGAAUACAUUGUCAAUUUUGUUUUGGGUUUAGUGGCUCAGCAUGCGCAUGAAGCGAAUCCAAUGUCGAAAUUGUUUGUUAAAAUUGUCUGCAGUCUCUUCAAAACAAGGCAAGUGGAAGAAAUUGACAAUAGAGAAACAAGACUAAAAUUCUCUGAUCUUGUGUUGGACUUAGAAAAACAGGAGACUGAAAAUCCGAGACAAACAGUGUUAGAUACCAUGUGCAGGUGUUUCGAUAUAACAAAAGACGCCAUGGUAGGUCAGCAGCUAGCAAGAUAUAAUAUAUACAUCAAAGAAUUUGAAGAAGCAGAAAAUGCGAUUCAGAGGUCAUUAGCAAUCAAACCCGACAACUCCUAUCUUCUUGACACGUACGGGCAAAUAUUCAAGGCACACAUGGAAAAUGUACUAGAUACACGGGAACCAAUUGACAACGAGAAAGCCACAAACAUUAUUGAAUUGGCCUUUUCGGCAGUCGAAAAGUUUAAGGAUGGACAAAAGGCGGCAAUAAAGAUGGAAGGCGAUACGAAUAUGAGUUGUUUUCAUAUGGAAGUGAAAACAGCAAUCAAUUUGCUAGAACAAUUUCAUCGGUUUGAGUGUUGCAAAGAACGUGUUCAACUGUGUAAUUUUCUCCAACAAAAAGAGGAUAACAUUAAUGAGUCUCCAUUCUUUGAGUUACUACAAAUGUGUCCAAGGCUUGAACAUGUGAGGUGCGGGAGCGCAUGGCAACAACAUUUGGAGCAAUCUCUUCGUUCACUUGAAGAAAAGAACUAUCAAAUUAAACGAUUUCUUUACACGGUACCACACGAUGAUGAAACGCUGUUAUUAAAACUUAGAGAGCGAUACGAACGCUUUUAUGGAGGACAAGUUGAUAGGUACCAGUUUACAUUUGGCCUUGGAUUGAAACCACUUAUGAAUGCUAUGCAGGCGAAAGAGCGUAAACACAGGGAGGCACUAGAAAAACGGGUCAAUGAAGCCAAACAAAAUUUAUCGGGGAACGUUAUAAAACAGAUGACAGACAUCCGUGAUCUACUUGUUUACGUCGGGCACAGCAUUAUAACGCUCUGCAAUAGAUCCAGUAAAUCAAAACGCUCUAUAUGUGAUAAAAGAGAAUACAUAACUCUGUUGAACUACAGUACCAAGUUAUUGACAUUGCAAAGGGAAAAGCAGUUUCCCAGAAAAUAUCUUGAAGCUUACUUAUACUUUGCAAUGCUGCAUUGGCCACUGCUUCGAAGGACUCAGACAGACUCGGAAUGUCUUGUUAGCGGGAGUGUUUAUGAGGAAGUCAUGAAAGAAUGGGAUACCGAGUACGACAAGAACCAUUUCAUUAACACAACAGAACAAUCCAGACUGAAGAAACCGAAGAACUACUAUGCGUUGGGAAAGGGUACAGCUGGAAAUGAUAUUGUUGAUUUGGAAUCAAUAAGAAAAGAAUGGAUGGAUCGAAAAAAGACGAAUGGAAGAACGCGACCGCCAGUGUUUAAGGAUUAUUUUUGGAGAGAAUCGUUUGUCGAGGACGAAUUGCAGCGACUAGAUGGAAUUGUUGAUGGAAAUGGUCAUCUUAUUUCACACACGGCCGAGUACUCCAAUAACCGACAACAUACGUUCAAAAUAAAAACGUACUACCCUUGUGACGGGCUAAGCAACAGACCGGUGACCUUUGUUCUUGGAUUUACCUGGAAGGGCCCGACUGCCUUCGAUGUCAGAGAAACAGAAUCAUCACCUCGUAUUGAUAACAUUUCUUCUUCGGAUUCUGGAUCGCGUGUCGCCGAAUUUGAUACAGUUGAAACCGCAGGAAAAUAUGCCCAUGAUGUUUGUAUUUCGGCGUCAACAAAACAAGAGAGGGAUGCUAUUCAAGGUAGUGAAGUCAUUUAUAAUCGUAGCCAAACACCUACCAAUGCUGUUAUAUCGCACGCAGAAUUAACAGCAUCAGCAACAGCAUCAAGCGCACAGGAAUUAACUAUUUCUGGAAGAACCGAGACGGUCUCAAACAGUACCAAUGAACAGAAUGCGUCAGGGUCCGUCUAUAGGAAAAAGAAGAAGAGGAAGAAGAAUAAGAAAUAAUGUUCAGUGUUUUUUUUUCUUACUGGGAAAAUGAUAAUCUAACAUGUUAUACAAGAUAAUGCUAAUAUAUGUGUGUGCCUUGUUUUCUAUGUGAAGGAUCGAUUAAUAUUAUAGACUUGUUGUUAAACUGUUGAUGUUUUUUAAACCUAUGAAUUUUAUAUGCAAGAAUAGCUCAUUUACUUUCCUGCUGCUAUUAUUAUAAUCAUGUUAUUUUGUGUUAAAAUUAUGCUGUUCGUCUUUUUAAGUCAAAAUGUUUUAUUACGAGUUGUUUGAAUAGGAUUUUCUCAAUUGUAUGGUUUAUACGUAAACAACUUUGUUUUAAGCCAUUCAGUUAAAAUCAUAAGUUAAAAUGAAAAUUCGGUAUAGCUGCCACAAUGGUGAUUAAUUGUUAUGUGCGUCCGUCCAUCCGAUUAUUUCGCACAUCUUUUUUUCAAGAAAUCUUAAAAUAAAUGGACACGAUCGAUUAACAUGUGGAGACGGCGUUUUAUGUGCAACACCUGUGUUCACAGCUCAACAGUCAUAAUAAAAGGUGAUUUGUCAAAUAUAGGGAUUAUGUAGUUUUUUCGGACUAUUUCAUUUUAUCAAGAAAUGUUUAAAUGAAUUGCAACCAAUUAUCACAAUGUGGAGACAAUGCGUGUCAAAAAAUGUAAGAUGGAUCAAAGGUCAACGUAACAAAAAAAGGUCAAACAUGUUCAACCUAUACCUUUAUCUAUCAAAUGUCAAAUCUACGGGCCAAUGGCCUAUCAUGUUAAUAAUACAUUUGCCCGGAUUGCGAUUCCAAUUCCCCGAAGACAUUUUUAAAACAAUGUGUAAAUCUGAAAAUUUCUUAAAAGUGACGCGUUGGAUAUUCUUUACGAGCUGAAAGAUUUUAUUGUUUAUAAUAUUUUAUUUUUACAUGAUAACAAGCAUUCUAGAAACAUGUUGCAAAAGUAUAAUGUUUGUUACUAACUAGUAAUGCACGUGUUAUUAGCGAUUAAUAAUCGUUUAUGAUCGUUUGAUCUUGCCAUUUGAUAAUCAAUUUAUUUGAUGAUGUAUUUAUAUUGUGUGUUUUAUUUGUAUAAUUGUCAGUGUGUUAGUAACUGGAUGUGUUAUACUUAUCCAUGCGACUUAACGCACAAAAUACGCAUUAUUUUUUAUGUAGGCUUGUUUGAUGCGGAAAUGUUGUUUGUCAGAAGCAAUAUUUGGAUAUUUAUAUAAACACUACGGUAGCGUCAAUCAAUAAAAUGACGAUAUAAUUGAUGGUAACGUUUAUAUAUUUGUAUGUUGUACCUCAAAUAGUGAUUUGCAUAUACAUGACAUUGUGUAUGAAUACACAUAUAAAAAAGCAUAAACUGAAUUAUAUAUAUUGAAUUAGAUUGUAAUUAUGCAUAACCAGAGACGUAGAAAAUGUUAUCUACGUCUCUGGCGUAACUAUCUUCAAUAAUAUAACACGUUUAAAUAUGAACGCGUACAUAAUUUUCACAUAAUAUAAACUUAAUACAAUACUUAUUUCUACAGGUAAUUGAUGAUGAUAACAUGUGUAACUAUGUUGUAAUAUUGUUGUUUCUGCUGAUUGUGUUGUUGUGCUUUAUUUACAUUAUUAACGAGAAUUAUUUCCUUGUUAUGUAUUAUCAAUUCUUGCUGUACGUCCAUCUUGACAACAAUAUAACUUAUCGAUGAUGUUGCUUUCGGGUGAAAGCUUUUGUGACGUUUUUCAUCAAACAGUUUAACAAUUGAAGAUGAAUUAAAAUCAAUAAAACCUAUGAUUAUUUUCUUCAAAUAAAUGCCAUUUUAUUAUUACUUAUUUGUUCAUACCUUGUUAAAAGAUAGAAGUUGAGUAUAUGAAACACGUAUUUUAUAUUCCCUUAAAAUGGUCAUAAAUAAGAUUCGUGUAAUGGUCUCGAACACAAUACGCGAAUAUCAUACCUUGAUCUCCUUUGAAAUCAAAAUUGGCCGAGUAACUUGUAAAUUAACAGCGCAUGCACGAAGAUAAUGCCAAAAGCUAAUGUUUUGACUCUUUGUUUAGUCUUUUUUAUUUAUAAUGAGUAUUUACAUGGCAGUGGUGAAACUGGCAAUUGUAUGAACCGCACCAGUUUUAGUCUAUAAUUUUCAGUUUAAAAUGCCAUACUUUAUUUGGGCAUUGCAUGUAAUUGACACAAACUCCUUUCAGAUUUUGUAUUUAAUUAUUUUUGUAAAAACAAAUGACUAUUCAAGAGGAUACUUUAGAUUGUUUUUGCAAGUUAUAUCCAAUUUGGUGCAUUGCAACAUUCUUAUGUUAAACCAAGUAUUCUUACAAGACUUGCUGAGUUUCACGUUAUACCUACAUGCAGUCCUCGAAAUUUUCAGAUAUAAAUCAUAUUAAUUUAUGUGAAUUAAUUACUUUUGUUUUGUGAAGCAUGGAAACAUUUAUUAUGUGUUGUAAUUUAAUGUGAAGUUUAUUAAAAUACUAGAAAACCUUUCAAA